AUGAGUUUUAAACCAGCCAAGUCCAGGUCUCUGGUCCUGAAGAAGGGAAGAGUGGCCAACCAGCUCCGCUUUACCCUCGAAGGGACCCUGAUUCCAGUGACCUUAAAUGUUACAGCUUUCAACCUGGACACCCUGAACGUAAUGCAGAGAAAAGGAGAUCCAGACAGCCUGUUUGGAUUUUCUAUUGCCUUCCACCAGCAGCUGAACCCUGCCAGAAGGAACCUAUUGCUGGUAGGAGCUCCUCGAUCAAAACAUCAGAACCAAGUGAAUGUUACAGGUGUUGUCUAUCAAUGUGAUCUUGCAACAACAUCUGAGCGCUGUCAGCCCAUUGAGUUCAACAAUGAAGAGUUCUUUGAGAGUAAAGGCAUAAAUGGCCAGUGGAUGGGAGUUAGAGUGACAAGCCAAGGUCCUGGUAAAAAUGUAAUGACCUGUGCUCAUCGAUACGGGCAGUGGAGCCGAAACCCAAUCAGUGAUGGCCCUCACAUGGUGACGGGUCAGUGCUACCUGUUAGGAAAUGACCUGCAGGUUCAGGUUGGGCAUGAAGGCAGGACAUGGAGGAGGGUAGUUUGUGAUGAAGGACACCAAGAAAAUCAUCAAAAGACCCACGAGUGGUUUGCAUACUGCCAGCAGGGUCAUGGAGCAACUUUUGCAAAGGACAACAAAUCUGUGUUAUUUGGAGCACCAGGCGCUUACCUGUGGAAAGGAAUCGUACAAAUGGAGCCCGUGGACAACAUGGAAAUCGGAAGUGAAGACACUCGUGAGACUGGGAAUGCAGGCACAUUUAACCCAAAACUCAUUCCUAUCCAGAGAGACAGUUACCUGGGAUUUUCCAUUGACUCAGGAAUGGCCCUCAUAAGGAAGGGUGAGCUGACGAUAGUGUCAGGAGCACCCAGAGGCGGCUACAGUGGCCAGGUGACAUUUAUUAAGAUGGACACUAAGGCAAAGGAAAAUUUAUCUGUAGAGUUAAUCCUCUCUGGCCCAGGCCUGGCCUCCUCCUUUGGCUAUGAUUUGGCAGUGGUGGAUCUCAAUGGUGACGGGUGGGAGGACCUCGCUGUAGGAGCACCAGAGUUCUUUGUUAAAGAUGGCGAGAUUGGAGGAGCAGUCUACAUCUAUAUCAACGACGAUGGAAAAAACUGGGAGACGAUUGAUCCCAUCCGACUUCCUGGACAUAAAGAUUCCAUGUUUGGCCUCGCAGUGGAAAACAUAGGAGAUGUCAAUCAAGAUGGAUAUGGAGAUAUUGCUGUGGGGGCACCUUAUGAUGAUUCUGGCCGAGUAUACCUCUACUACGGCUCAUCAGGGGGCAUCAACAUACCAGCAGCACAGGUACUCUCACCAGGAUCCAAAAAAAUUACUUUGUUUGGAUAUUCUCUGUCCGGCAACUUGGACGUGGAUGACAAUCAGUACCCUGAUUUGGCUGUUGGGUCGCUAUCGGAUUCUGUCUUUGUUUACAGAGCGAGGCCAGUGGUCAGUGUCAGCAGCAAUCUAAAGCUAACACCAAAUGAAAUAGACAUCACAAAGGCUGAAUGUAAUAAACGCAAAUGUAAUUUUACAGUGCAGGCGUGCUUUACCUACAGAGCACAUCCGACAUCCUUCAACCCCAACUUGAAACUCAAUUAUAACUUUGAGGCUGAUGCUAAGAGGAGAAAAUUAGGGGUUCCUCGAGUGGUCUUUCUGGGUUCAUCUGGGGGAAACCUGGAGCUCCCUGGACAGGGGAGAGAAAUCUGCAAUUAUACCAAGCUCCAACUUCUGUCAGAUGUUCAGGACACACUGCAUGAUAUCCCUGUUUCUGUAACCGUGUCUCUGUGGACCUCCGAUCAGAUGCCAAGGACGAGUGAUAAUCUGCCCAAGAUCACUCCUGUCCUCAACAUCUACCAGCAGCAAAACAAUAACUCAGAGAUUGUCUUCUUAAACAAGGGCUGUGGCAAGAACAACAUUUGCCAUAGUAACCUGGAGUUACAGUACAAGUUCUGUUCCAGGAACAAAAGUCAAGAUCAAGAUGUUUUCAAAUCACUGGUCAGAGAGGAUGGUGUUGCAGUCAUCACUCCCUCUGAUGAAGACAUAGCCUUGGAGAUCACUGUGACUAACAGGAACGGGGAAGAUGCACAUCAGAGUAAAUUAGUCAUCACGCCCCCCGAUACUCUUCAGUACUCCGCUUUUGUCUCCAGUACAAAAACACAAGUGACAUGUUCAACCAAUGACAACGGAACACAUAUAGACUGUGAACUGGGAAACCCACUCCCAAGAGAUGCUAAUGUUACAUUUCAUGUCAUAUUCUCAACGACCGGCAUCUUACUGAGUACAAACGAUGUCAACGUCACCCUGCAACUUACAACAACAAGUGUGCAGAAUAUACAACCAGUUCAGGCUUUAGCCAAAGUGAUUUUUGAACUGGAUCUGCAAAUACAUGGUCUAGCCAAACCUUCCCAGGUGUCAUUUGGUAAAAACUUGAGGGCUAAAAGUGCCAUAGAAACAACGGAUGAAAUUGGGACCCAAGUUAAAUAUGAAUUUAGGAUAAUAAAUUUGGGCAGACCACUGAAAUCUUUUGCCAACGCAUCACUUAACAUUUACUGGCCAAAGGAGAAUUCUGUAGGAAAACGGCUGCUGUACUUGACUCAGAUCAGCAGUAAAGAUGUAUAUUCUCUCCCUUGCUCACCUGUAAAUGAGGUCAAUCCACUAAAACAUGUAAAGGGGUUGCAUGACCCUUCAAGGAAAAGACGUGAAGCUGAAUAUGAAGCCCUCUCUACAGAUGGAUUCAUCUUUCUUCCAACAAGAAGGAAAUACAAAACCAUAACCUGCUCAGAUGGACUGAAGUGUGUGGAGAUACGCUGUCCUCUGGUGGGCCUCGACAGUACUGCACUGAUUACUCUGCAUUCUCGCCUCUUGAAUUCUACUUUUACAGAGGAUUACAGCUCUUUGAACUACCUGGAUAUUGUUGUGGAUGCUUUUCUCGAUCUAACAAGCUCUCCAGAGAAUAUUGGACUUAAAGCAGAUAAGCCCAGGACAAAGGUAAAACUGACCGUGUUCCUCGAGAGAAAAGCUGAAUACUUUCAAAAAGUUGCCUGGUGGAUAAUCUUCCUGACAGUCAUCGUAGGACUCCUGUUACUGGCAAUGCUUGGCUUCUUGUUGUGGAAGCGGGGAUGCGUCAACUGUUUCGCUCAUAACAAGAAGCUCUCACAUGACAGCGAUCCAAAGGCAGAGACCACUCAUCUUAAGGGUUAA